AUGGUGGCCCACGCACAGAGUUCUUUGACUUUGCGCGAGACAGAUGAGGCUGACAACCUUACGACGACUUAUAUCUACUCUACGCAGAAUGUGCUGUCCAAGCGAGAUGCGCCCUCGGGGAGGGUGGAUGUAAUGGAACCAUCCUCGAACUUGUUGACAUGGUCUGCCAAGCCUCUCAUCAGUUCUCUCACCGAUGUCUUUCUUCCCUCGGGAUAUCCUCAAAGCGUGAGCGAAGAUUACAUCCGGUAUGUUCAGCAAGGAGACUCCCUUCAGGCCUUCUGCAGCUCAAUCGCAGGCCUUCUCUCCUCUAGGGCCGUUCUACAAGGAGUCGGCGUCGGUGACGCAAACGCUUCUCCAUCAUCCGCUCUCCUUCUACAUAUCCUCCAAGACUCAUCAGGUCGUGUAGCUACCAUUCUUUUUGCCCACCGCGUUGGCACAGCCCUCGAACCUGAAUGUAAAACCUACCGUCUAGCAGCCGAUGUAUUCAACGACAUUGCUAUGAUCAUGGACUGUCUGUCGCCAAUGGUCCCAGCCGGAGUGAUGCGCGUAAGCAUUCUCAGCACGGCGGGCGUGUUGCGUGCUCUGUGUGGAGUUGCCGGUGGGAGUUCAAAGGCGAGUUUGAGUGCUCAUUUUGCGAAAUGGGGUAACCUAGCGGAGCUCAAUGCUAAAGACUCGUCUCAAGAGACGGUCAUUUCCCUAAUUGGCAUGCUUGUCGGCUCAGUAGUUGUCUCUCAAGUCACCGGGUUCAAGACGACGUGGGCAGCACUGCUAGUUCUCUUAGCGGCACACCUCAGCCUGAACUAUGCCGCAGUGCGAGCCGUCCAAAUGACAAGUCUGAACAGACAACGAGCAAACAUACUCUUCUCCACCUUACUCGAGUCCGACUCCGCCAUCGACAUAGAAUCUCUACGAUCCGGGGACCUACCGACUAACGCGAAGAAAGACACCGCAUCCUGGACCGUCCUCACCCCAGCCCAAGUAUCCCAACAAGAACGCAUCUUCCACGACUCAGGCGCCCUGCAAUGGACAACCCCAACCCAAACACACGACCUAGGCACCGCCGAAAUAGGGAUUUCCCUUUUCUCAUUCUUCAAAUACAGCCAAAGCACGAGACCCUCAGAAACCAGCAUCCCACUCUACGGCCUAACAUCGCUCUUCGCGCACGAAUCCUACAUAUUAUACCUCCACCCCAUCAAACCAAAGCCGCACGCCUCAAUCCUCUUAAAGCGCAAUUGCACAGUACACACGCAACUCAAAGCCUGGACACACGCCCUCCUCGCCUCAAGAGUCCUAUCCACCUCCCUCAACCCAUCCACCUCAAUCCUUCAAAUCCUAACGACCACCUUGUCAGCCCUCAACACCCGCUUCCCAGAAUAUUUACAAGCACUCUUAGACUCAAACUGGAACACCGCAAUCCCAGCCCUAGAAACCCGAUCCGGCCGCAGAGUUACAUUGGCAUAA